AUGGGUUAUGAAUAAGAUAAUGAAAGUUUUAUUCCAAAAAGAAUGGCAGUAGCAAUAGCAAUAUUAAUAUUAUAUUUAUUGCAUUAUGGAACAUUAUUUUUUGGUUCAUGUUUGAAUUAGAAAUAAUAAGGUGAAUAUACAAGAAGAAGAGUAUUUUUAUAUGGAUCAGCAGGUAUAAUUAAAAAUGCAUAAAAGGAUUAUUAAGUUUGAGUUUAAUAUAGAGCAGUACCUUUUCAGCAGUAUUGGCAUGGCUAACUUUGAUACCAUUAUCAUUAUUACAUUUUUGUAAUUAUAACAAUUUCAAGACAUUGUAUCAGAAAUAAGAUAUAUUGUGGUUAACAUAUUAUGCAUUUCAAACUAUUUGGUAUAUGGGAAUCAUAAUCGAUUUUUACUAAUGA